AUGGUUAACAGGAAUCCUCGAGAUUUGGAGGAGUUAUCGCUCACUCCAAUAGAAAGGGACUUUUCAGAUCGAGUGCAAGGUGAAGACUUGGAGUUUCGGGCAUCGGAUGACGGCACAUAUCAAAUAAUGCAUAAGGAACACCAGCGUAAAGCAAUCCUGCCAUCCAAGAUAUUAUCUAAGUUCACGGCAAACCAGUUGGUGACAAUGUCGGGGGCAGCGUCGGGAUUUUUAGCGGGAGUGGUGGUAUGUCCGUUGGAUGUUGUUAAAACGCGGUUUCAGGCCCAUGGGGCGUUAGCUCAAAGCACAGGUAGUUUGGUAAGCAAGGAAUAUAGAGGCUUUCUAGGCGCCUUCAAAACGAUAUUACGAGAAGAAGGCCCUCGAGGGUUGUACAGAGGGUUAGUUCCUAUAACGAUUGGAUAUUUGCCUACAUGGACUAUUUACUUUACUGUGUACGAGCGGGCUAAGUUGUUCUAUCCAGAUUUUUUGAGGUCUCAUUUCAACUUAGAUAUUCAUGCAUUAAACCAUUUCUGUUCGGCCUUGACGGCGGGAAUGACAUCUUCAAUAGCGGUUAAUCCAAUUUGGGUUGUGAAAACUAGAUUGAUGAUCCAGACAGGCUCCGGUAGUACAAUUUAUAACAAAAACGCUGAAAACAAAUCCGCUGCACAACCAAAGGUCGAAAGAACGUACUACAAAGGCACAUUAGAUGCAAUUAGAACCAUGUAUAAAGAAGAAGGGAUCAGAGUCUUCUAUAGUGGGCUCAUUCCAUCUUUAUUUGGCUUGUUACAUGUUGGUAUUCAUUUUCCAGUGUAUGAAAAGCUAAAAUUGUGGCUCGAGUGUGAUUUGAAAUCCGCUUCAGCUGAUCAACAAAAAAGUACCUUGGGGAGAUUGAUAGCAGCAUCGUCAGUUUCCAAAAUGAUAGCAAGUACUAUCACCUACCCCCAUGAGAUCCUCAGAACAAGAAUGCAGAUACAGUCUUCUAACAAGCAAAAAGGAAAGUUAAUUAGUUCAAUAAUAAAAAUAUACCAGAAAGAGGGUUAUAAAGGCUUUUACGCGGGCUAUGGUAUAAAUUUAGUUAGAACGGUACCUGCGAGUGCAGUCACAUUGGUUAGUUUCGAAUACUUUAAAACUUAUUUAUUAGAGGUUAGUGGGAAACUAUAG